GACCAGUUGUCUUGAAUCACUUCUGACUGAAGAUACAAUCUCCUCAAUAGAAGGACAUUGUCUAUAAUCUGAGGAAAGGAAUCAUGAAGACUCUACUCUUCCUAUUCUGUCUGGUCAUUUACCUGGCCUUUGCCAUCAGUGCAGCUAAUAAACAGCCAAUCUCUCUUCAAAUGGAUUGUAGCAAACAAUCUUCUACAGUUGCUUGCUCUUUCGUCUUCACUAACAAUGGAAAAGAGGAUCUUUAUCUACUUAAACGUGACACUCCUAUUGAAGGACUAUUCUCACCAUUUAUUGAUGUCUCUCUACACGGCAGUGAACCUAUUCCAUACCAAGGAAUAAUAGCCUAUCGUCUUCCUCCUACAAAGGAUGAUUUUGUUCUCUUGAAGGUAGGUGAGAGUGUUUCUGCAACGGUUGCAAUCACUAAUGUCUUUAACAUUGACACUGAUGGCCUCUACAAUAUACGGUACAGUAAACCAUUGGAGUACCUGACAGUAGAUGAUAUGAUUCUGGAGUCUGUGGAUGAGCUCAAGGAAUUGACUGUACAUGAGUCCGUGUACGUCAGUCUGGAAGAUACUCAACUACUCGUAAAACCAAAAGAACCUGAAGAACCCAAACUAGGCCACACCGUUCACAUUCAAGAUUGUGCCACGGCUAACUUUGUUGUUGAAACUAAUGAACACAUUGCUGAUACAAUGAAUGUGCAUAAGAGACUCUGCAGCAAGAUUGACGUAGCUAAAAGUAAAGUUCGAAAUGGUGGAGCGUAUUCGAUAUGGUUUGGUGCCUAUUCUCCUGAUAGAGCAACUAAAGUCACCGAGACAUUAGACAGAAUUAAAACUGGACUUACAGAUCACACAAUCACAUAUGAAGAUGCUUAUGAUAGUUGGCCAUGUGCAACUUAUAAGGCAGUAACCUGGACCUUUAGGAGCUAUCCUGUUAAACCAUAUACCACUGUCUACUUAUGCCGAAAUUAUUAUAGAAAUCCAACUUAUUGUUAUUAUAGUACCUACACAAAGGAACGGUUUAUAAUGAACGUAUGGGCUCAAGCUUUAGGCUAUACAGAUUAUGCUGCUGACUAUUAUAGUUCAUGCAGGAAAUUGGCUCAGAAUGACCCUGAUACAGCUGUUACAAAUAGUUACAAUUACGGGUUUUUUUACUGCUAUGCUAUACGUUAAGCUAAUAAGUUGGUCCUCAAGUCAAGAACUUUGAUAAGAACUCAUUCAGUACUAUUCUGCUACAUGUAAUAAUAAAUAUUAUUGUCACAUUUCAUAUCAUAUUUUUGGCUAUCAAUUAUAA